GAGGUUGGGACAUUGGAGAGAGAGGCAUAGACAUAGCCACUCUCAAAAGGAAUCAUCCUGAUCAGGAUCAGAGUCCCUUUCUUCCUUUAACAACCUAGGACGAGGUUCCUGUGAGAGCUUCAAGAGAAGAAAAUUGAUACGUCCACAUCUGCACGGAAAAUCAUGAUGGAAGAGGACAUCAUGGAGGACCGUGCCAAGCUGAAGCAAGGCCUGAUCAAAGUGCUCGAGUGUGUAGCCACCAUCUCCUCAGCAGCAGCUGUAGUUAACCCCAUUUUUGGCGUGGCUGGUUCCCUGAUCCGGGUUGUGCUGCACCAGGUUGAUGACGAGGACAUCCGCACCUUGAAGCGCGAGUUCGGCUCAGUCAACCGGGCGCUGGACCAGCUGUCCCAGAUGAAUCGCAACACGCUGGUCCAGAUCAAGAAGGAAACGCUGGAUGGCCAGUACUGCCGCGUGGAAGAGAACCUGAAGAACCAGUUCAGAAAGUUCAUGGAGAUGGUGGAGGCACGGCCAGAGCACCGCGCACGCAAGAAGGAGGACUUUGAGGAGAGCUAUUCCAAUGACUUGGGAGACCAGAACCUGCACACACUGUACGACGGCGUGGUGGGCAAGCCAAAGCUCUUCAGCAGACCCAUCCUGGAGGUUUACCUGAAGCACUCGCAGGGCGACCGGCCCACUAUGGAGCGACUCUGCACACGCCUCACCUACCUAUUCUGCAUUGGCCUCAUCGCCCUCAUGGGCUACGCCGCCAUCAUCGGAGAUGACGAGGAGGGUCUGAGUGAGGAGUGGGCCGAGAAGAUGGAGCAUGUGCAAGAGAAGAUGCAGGAGGCUCUUCGCAAAUGCAAAUGAAGAACAAGCAUGAAGAAGAGCUUUUUUUUCUUCAUAUUCAGCACUCCCAUGCCCAUAUUCCCUCUGUAACGCCUUCCUCUUAGCUUUUUCUCUCCCCAUAAGCACUUUGUAGGCACUACUUCCACUGCAUGAAAGCCCAGUGAUUAUAAUGAGCAACAAUAUGUCUCAUUAUUUUCAAAACACUAACUUGCUUCAUAUGCAGGCGGUCUUUAAGACACAGGCAUAGAUUCAGUCUGUCCAGGUUGAGGUAAAAACAACUAAAUUAUUACAAUAUUUGCCUAGUUAUUUCAUAAAUCUGGAUAAGACUGCAGUGGUUUCAAUUGAUUCAGAACCCUUUACAAUUACUCAGAAAUCUAUCCUAAAAGCUCAAUUUGAGCCAGCAAUGUAAGGAAAUGACAUACUAUAAAUCUUCUAAAAUAACACGCCAGUAUAAUCUGUUCAGAUCUAAACAUUAGCUAUAAAUCAGGCUUUAACAUAAAUGUACCUCAGUCCCAGCUUCAGUGUGUUGCAAUGUAUCCUGCCCGUUAUGCACCUUAGGAGAAUAUCUGCUCUGAAAUAACAUGUAUUACACUACAAGUAAAUCAGUUUGUUGCAAUUAGCCUUGCUACAGUUUCAAGUGGAGCAGAAAGCAAGCUGAGACGGCUGCCAUACAAGUGUAGCUCCACUAGAGGGCCUCCUAGUCUAUAUCCUAUAUCAUGUGUUAUGCCAUUGAUGUUAUAACUGCUUUAAGACAGACUUUGUUUGCGAAAAAGAAGACAUUUAUUUGUCAGUGAAGUUAUAAAUAUAGUCUACAAUAUAUUUGUCCCAAAUCAUCAAUCAUUAUCAUGUACUACAUAAUGAUCUUACCUUUCUUUUGUAUGGAGGUCAUGAUACACUACACAUACUUGCUGCCCAGAACCAAAUUGAAUAUUAAGUUUACACAAAUUUCUGAUGCUGCUGUUCUUUAUUUUUGAAGAUUUGCAGUUAAAGAACUGAAAACAUUGAAAACUAAAAGUAGCCUACACAUAAAAUCUGAUUUGCUGUAACACUACUCUGCUCUGGCAGAAAAAAAGAAACACUUCACCACAGGAGGAUACACUAAACAUAAUAUUCCAUUAAUAAAGGUUAAAGUAGAAAUGGCUUAAUAUGUGCUUCCAUUUUCAUUACCCGUGAUUGUUUGACCUUUAUUCUAUACACAACUGAGGUUUUAAAUGUGGUAUCGGAGCAAGCCAUAAUGUCACUGGAUGAAUCCUUCCACUUCUGACAAAUUGGUCACUCUUUUUAUUUUCCAUUUGACUACAUCCUAUUGCCUAAUAGUAAUGAAGGGGAAGUCAUGGAUUUCUUUGGUAUGUGGCCAUUUAGAGCCUAUAAAACAUUUAAUGUCCAUUAUUUGAGGGUCUUUUUUAAUAGUUAAGCCUCAGCAUCAAGAUAAAUUUUGGCUCUCCACGUUCUUCUCAUACACUUCCUCAUCUGACCAACAGUGCCUAAACGUUCCAUUAGUUUUGUAUUAUUGUUUUGUAAGUGUAUAUGUGUUUAUUUUUAUUUUUUUUAGCAAACAGGUGGUAACAGUAGUACCAGGUGGGUUUGGAUUGUUGCACCAGGACAGUUCAGUCAGCAAAAUUGAUUGUAAAUUCAGACAGCUUUAAAAUCAAUCAGUUUAUAUGUUUUUCCUUUUCUACACAGGCCUAGCCCAUUUAACUCUAUUCCUUUGAAUACAUAACUCCGUCUUAAACGUGUUUCUGGUUCUGCGGCAUUGU